GGUCUCCGCAUUAUCCACUGAUAGCUCGAAGAAUCUUUGAUUAGCCGCUCUGUCCCAUCGUGCCCUAUAAACCCUACAACGCUCUCGGACUUAGUAACGAAAGCUAUUAACCACCAAAAAAGCCAUAUACGGUUAUUGUGCUCAUUUUCCAGGGUCAAUUUGUCUCCAGUCUUUUUAUCUUUUCAUAUAGCGUGUAGUGAUAUUUUGCUGCUUUCUCUGGUACCCAUACACGCGCCAUAUCUGCCGUCUUGCGAUUCGGUUGGCUCCAGGCAUGAGACGAGGAUCUUUUUAGUGCUUUUGAUGUCUUGUAGUCUGCUUUCGUACCACUUCAACUCACUUCAACUCACUUUGGAACAUAUUCUCCUCAAUCCAGUUGUACAUUCAACGCUCUUGACUUUUUCCUUCUCGACCAUUGCACAAAGAAUAUUAGAACGAAUCCCCGGAACACAACCACGCAUCACAGUUGUUCACGGCGACACUGCAGAACGCAUCCAUUGAUUCGGUAGCUAGAGCUACCCACUGCUAUUCUUUACCGCCGGCCAUACAGAAUAUCCCAUGGGACAACCGAUAUAGAAUCGGGCGUGGAUAGUGAUCAGCCCUCUGUACUGCAGAAAGCACAACAGCGAGGAAGAACGGCAAGAGGCCUGAGUUCCAGCUGAUAUAUCUAUAUUGAAAUUAUUACCAUCAUGUCUGUCGCAAGGACCCGGUCAAUAUCAAUGAGAUCCGGCCACUCAUCCAAAGGUGCUGGAGCUACAUUGGCCGAAGUCAGUAUGCCUCCAAUCGACGUACCUCGCGAUUUUGAGCCAUGUGCUGCGACAGCAUCGAUGUUCUUAUAUGUGCAAGGAAAUUCGGUUGUUUGCGCUCAUCACGAUACCCUUAAGAUUGAAAGACGGUUUUCGAGACACACAGAAGAGAUACAAUUGUUAGCGGUGGAUAACAUUAGUGAAAGAGGAGCUGGAAGAUUAGUAGUGAGUUACGAUGCUGGCCAAACUGCGAUUGUAUGGGAUUGCAUGACGGGAGACGAAAUUGCCCGAUUUGCGAGUUACGAAAAUCUUACAGUGGCAGCUUGGAUGCGCAACGGGAAUGUUGCAUUUGGAAAUGCUCAAGGAAAUGUCAUUCUUUUUGAACCGACAACAUCGGAGCAUAUAUCCUCAAGAACUUUAGAUCAAAUUCCAAUUACAGCUUUGGCACCAGCAGCAGAUUGUAGGACAUAUGCUAUUGGAUUUUCGAAUGGAUCUCUAUUGAUUGCAGCAUUGCAACCAAGAUUCAUAAUUCUCCACAACUUGACAACCUCAAGAGGGCCAUCUCCAAUCGUCACACUAUCGUGGCAUGCAUCAUCGUCACGCCAGAAGUCGGACAUGUUAGCAUCUCAAACGAAUGACGGCGAUCUGCGGGUUUGGAGUAUAGCAAAAUCACCCACUAGCAAUGACACAGCCAAAGUAGUCCGGGUAUUGAAACGAUCCGAUAAUUUUCAAACCGGUCCUAAUUGGCUGGGCUGGUCAAAAAAUGGUCGCAUCAUUCAGUUUUCCGAAGGGGAAACAUCGUCAUGGGACGUCCGAACGAAACAGGUCACUUUCGAGAAAGUUCCGACAUUGGAUAUUGUGAAAGGUCUAGCUGUUUAUGGACCUGGAGCAACCCUCUUUACGCUGGGACCGAAUAAUACGGCACAGCAAUUUGAUCUUAAUUCUCCACCGCAAAUGGUGGCAAACGUUCAACAUCCAGCCAAUUUGUUGCCACCUUCUCCCCCUGUUUCUAUUGAAGAGCAGAAACAACAGGCCGCUCAAGCGGUUGCAGCCGAAGUUUCAGCUGUACCAAUUAAUAUCGAUAUCUCCGAAAGUGACUCCGAUCGGAUGUCACCGCUAGCUAGGAUUGCUCGACGUGGUGAUGAAAUAGAACAGCAAUUACGUGUAGAGGCCAUGGAGCCUGACCGCUCCGAAACUUUAUCGCCUGUAUCAUCGAGAAGUCGCACGUCAAAUUCCACUAGGUCAUCCGCAGAUUCAAGGCCACAUAAUACCCGGCACCAUGGAAAACAUUCUUCAGGCUUAUCGGCUAUAUCACGUGGAGGUAUGAGUGAAGCAACAACCAUGUCGUUUGGCUCGUCGAUCCACACUGGUACUGCUCGAGAACCUUCUAUUCUAUCAAGUAGAGACUCGUAUGCUCACAGUAAUACCAGCUCAGCACGAUCAUAUCGUUCUCGACAACGUGGAUCUCGGCUAAGACAAGAAGUACUCCGUAGUCCCGAUGAGUCAGGAAGCCAUGUCGUAGAGCUCUUCAAGUAUACCAAAUCUAGGUUAAGUGAUAUUCCUUACCGUCAGCCACAAGUCUCAGAAAGUGCCCAUCUCACGAACGAUGAUCUUCGAAUUCAAAUGCUCAGUACAAUAUUUGGAUGGGAUGGAGAGGUCGAGGGGUUGAUCCGUGAUGAGAUGAACAGAGCACCAAUGGGAUCAACCCAUAGAGUUCUUCUUGCUAAGUGGAUUGGCGAUCUUGAGCUGGAUAUUAUGGCUACAAGCUCCGAAUCGAUGACUUCUUCAGACUGGAUGCUUCUUGCCCUAAGUGGAAUUGGAGGACAAGCUUCGCAAACCAAGGUCGCCAGAGCUUAUGUUCAACGACUUCUAGAAAAAGGAGAUGUCCACACUGCUGCUACAAUCAUGAUCGGUAUGGGUGAUCAAAAUGAUGCAAUUGAAAUAUACGUCUCCCACAAACGUUUUAUGGAAGCAUUAAUUUUGACGAGUCAUGUUUUCCCAUCGGAUUGGUCUCGGCAAGCCGCAUUGAUCCGAAAAUGGGGUGAGUGGGCUGUUCAGCACGGUCAACAACAAUUGGCUAUUCGAUGCUUUUCCUGUACAGCAUCUGAGUCGUCGGAGCCUUGGACAUCACCAUCUGCUCAAGCUGCAACUUUCACCAAUAUCCAUAGUCAAAGCAUCCCCGAAUUAUUAAGCCCUCCUUUGUCGCCUCCUAGCCAUAGGGGUCCACAGCGCAGUAUUGCGAAGACAUCGGCAUUGAAACUGAUCACUGCGUUCGGAGAUAAACAACAGAAGUCAAAGUUCUUUGGUAUUGAUAAUGACAAAACACCGAUUGGUCCUGGCCCAACACCGAUCGAGGAAUCUGCUAUUUCUCCAGGUGGUGAUACAGCACAUACUGCUUUCUUGAGACCAGGUAAUCGCAGCGCAUAUCAUACCCCAGCUUCUGCGCGAACGGCAACACCUGGUGGCUUCUCACGUCGACGUCUUCCAUCUAUCGGCGAAACACCUAACGAUGUCAUACCUCGUGUCAGGUUGGAGCCAUUGAAUCCGUCAACGCCUGGCGAUUCUGGUUCAAAUCGGGAGCGAGUUGGCCAAUAUGCUCGUGACACAGAGGCGGAACCAUUGCAACUUAGCUCGGCGACAUAUACUCCAAUCACAAAGAAUAGACCUACGACACCCAUGACCCAAAAGAAGAUUGCCAAUCCAUUACCAUCACCAUCGCCAGAUACAUUCACUUUAAAGAAGCAAGACGAUCGUACGAGAAAUGGAUCACGUCAUCGUAAGCCAGAUGGGCUACAGAUCCAGUGGCCACCGAUGGAAUCUAUAAUCACAGGCGAUUACAUGUCAUCUCCAGAACCAACUGUGUCAUCCCGCCACGAUCCUCGGACUAACCGCUCAAUUGGCGACCCUUUGAACUCUGCUGCUCUGUCAUCAGCCGCUUCCGUUUCGGCCUCAAGUAAUGCUAGAAGCCCUUUAAACAGCGAAAGAAGUUUCAGAACAACAAGCCCAGUCUUACACGGCAGAAGCAUUGACCAAUACAUCAAUAGCUUGGAAACAGCCACGUAUCAUAAGAAACAACAAAGGAGUCGGCAAGCUAGCCGAGAUCGAAGCGGGAGAGCUCGCAGCAGUAGCCGAAGGCCAAAGGCUCGAGAAACUUCGGAAGACAGAGGAAGGAAUAUCGUCCAAUACAUCAAACCUGCAAAGCGUUCGCCAACCUCGCCUAUUCCAAUGUCGCCUGAAGAUCUGAGAGAUCUUGGCGCUGCAAUCUCAGAUAGUGAAGUCAUGAUCCAGGACAAGCAGUUCAGAACGGACAGUCGAACCGGAUUCAAGUCAUCAAGACAAGCAAGCCGAGUCCGAGAACAAUCUCCAGAGCCGCGCAAGACAUCUAGCCGUCAAACAAGUCGCAACGCCAGUCGCCGACCAGCCAGUCCCGAUACUAGACUAGGCGGUCGAGACGCCCGAGGACGAAGCGCAGGACGUUCUGGAUCAGCAGUUCGCUCCCCUUCUUCUCCGUUGCCAUUCUCUCCCCAAGCGAAAUUUUACCAGGAAGAUGAGGUUGCUGAUUUCGAGGAUUUGAGGGCGGCAAAGGCAGAUCAACUUGCAUUUAGAUUGAGGAGUAGUAGUCGUAUCAGAGAGCGUGGUACAAGUGCUGCUCGAGGCUCUUCACCAAAUGGAAGACGUCGUGAGAGAUCUACAAGUCGAAGACCAUUGGAAGGUCAAAGAUCGCCAUACUUAACUCGAGAUGGUACUGAGUCUCAAUCUCACUUACGAACACAAUCAGAGUCAGUAAAAACGGCCCCUGGGCAGCAAAAGAUGGAUCCCAAAGAUGAGCGAGCAUUAAAGCGAGAACAAGCUGCACGAGAGCUUGAAGAAAGACGUAAAUCUUUAGUUCAAAGACCAUUGGCGCCACCAAUCAUUCACCCAGGAGAAUUAAGUGGCCUAUCACCACUAGCUUAUCGUCCCUCUACCAAUUUCCCCGAACAGGGAUCAGCAGCGUCGUAUUCGCCUCCCAAAGCAAGUCCUCAAGCCCCUAGAAGCCAACAGACUACACCAAACAAUACUUCUCCAAACAGUGGUUUUGGUUCAGCUCCAGAGUCUUCCGUGCAGAUUGGCUUACCAGCAACUCCAAGAGCUAUGCGUCAUCCUAAGUAUGAUCCUGAAGGUAAUGGUGCAGAUCGUAUUCCACAAGUUCCUCAAAUUCCGAACAGAUAUGAUACGGGUCCAUCACAAGCAGCAGCAACAUUGAGCGCAGCAGUUUUCAACAAUUCAUCUGAUAGCCCGCAUGAUACCUUUGGGCCUCUCCCAAAAACUGUGUAUCAGGCAUCUCAACCACCUCGCCGUAUGCCCCCUCGAUCUGCCUCAGCUCCGAUCCCAGAAGAAAAUUUCUACAAGCCAAAUGUGAUCCCAGCAGGUUUACCACUACAUCCCGCAUUUCAAGCUGCAAUUCCAUCCAGUUCUUCAAGACGCACACCCGAUACUAGAGAAAGAAUGUCACCCACCCAAUCUUCUCGUAGACAAGUCUCCGGAGAUCCCCAUGGUGAGAGCGGAAGUAGAAGUGGAAGUCCGGUUUACGCAAGUGGACCUGUAAAUGUGUUGACUGGAAUCGACGAAACUAUCGAGGCAAACCAAGCAAUGCCUAUGCACCAUCCAAACCAUGAUCUGAUUCCUCCACCACCCCCACCUCCACCAGCUCCUCCUCUUCUUCCGCAACUACAACAUUUAGCUCUGCCCCCACCACCGCCUCCCGCUCCAUUGUAUAGACCAAAUGCAAACACUAACUCCAUGGUAUCGGGUGUAUCAUCAGGCUCUGGUAUCUCUGGCGUCUCUUCCGGUUCCGGCGUCAUCGAAAUAGUAAUGGACGACGAACCAAUUCCAAUGAUUCCCAAGAGCAAAACUCCCACCAUCUUGUCUUCAUCAACAAUGAACUCUGGUUCCAUAAUGGAACCACCUCCAAUUCCACCCACCCUCGAACGUCGUCGUACAUCAUCUGUCUCCCACAUAUACACACAUAACCGCGGUCGUUCCGAGACGGACAACUCACUAUCGAACCGCUUUUCGCGAGCCGCAGAACGUUUGAGAAGCGCUAGCCGUGGUAGGAAUAAUUCGAGCCCUAUUGUUGAUAAGGGAGUUACAAAAAGUCCAACCGAGAACAAUGGGAGUCCAUAUGAAAGUGUCCCUCCUCCAACUUGGUCUGUACCACCUCCACUUAGUAGGAGUGUUACAACUACUCCUUCGAGUGGUAUGCAGAUGGAGAGACAUCCUAUGGAAGUGCGAGCUGCGUAUCAAGGGAAUAUGGAAGGUGGAAUGAUUUGAUCAUCUUUAUUUCUUUCGCAUCAUGUGGCGUUUUUAUUCUGCUUUCGUUUAUACUCUUUGAUGUUGAAAUUGCUUCAACUUUUUCAUCUUCGAAUCUCGAUACCCUUUCUAUUAUUUCUUCAACGAUGCCUUUCAUUCCUUCUGAUUUCAAACGCGAACAAACGCAUAACGGCCUCUAUUCUACAUUCUCAUAACAUUAAUUCGAUGAACGAAAAGGUGGGCUGGAUUGGAAAAUUAUUCACGUAACAUUCCUGACUGUCAUUUACAAACAAGAAAAACAAGAUUACAUAAGAAGCAGAAAGAUAAAAAUUGGCUCAGGCUUAUGAUGAUAUUAUGAGUCUUUAUAGGAGAUGCGACAGGCUCUACCGAUUUGAUGGAUAUUCGCGGUGCUUUUUUGUUGAGAAAGAGAAAUUUGUUCAUAAUAUUGUAUAUCUACUUCUGCACUAUCCUUGAAUAUAUAUUUACUUUUGCAAAUUUAUGAUUUCUUCGCUUGCCUUUACUUGCAGUUGUCUGGAGCUGGCGUGAUAUGCUGCUCCCUGGUCCAUCCUUUUGGCACUUGCAAUUGUUUUCAGUCUCUUUUUCGGCCAGGAGUAGAGCGCUCAGUACCGCCCUGUUCCAUUGAUCUGAAAUUAAGGUAUUGAGAGGGUCCAGCGAACAGAUUGAGGAGUGUUCAAAGACAUGAUAUGGGGCUUGAAGGAGAGUAGAAUGAAGCACAAUACCUAAAGUAGCUUGAUACUAGGCAAGAAAUGGAUAAGAUACCAGUAUAAGCUUGGAAGUGGAAAAGGAAAAUAACAUGAGGGAAAGAAUGCGGUUAAAGGAAUGGGCGUGGCCUUUCUUAUACUUCUUGCCUCACGGCUGGUUCAUCGUUUGCUUUUGUCUUUUUUUUUAGGCUGAGUAGGAGAGAAUCUUUGAUUCGAGGCUUUAUUUGGAUUUGCUAUGUUUGAACUUUAAAGUAGUGAUUGGUAUAUGAAUUGGCAAUUUAAUGAUGAACAUGACUUCUACCUGCAAUGCUCUUUGGGACGUGAUCGGAGGUGGGCAUACUGUGGUGGUGAUGUUGACGACUGAGAUAUAUGUGAUGAUAACUUCAUGAGGUAUACUGGAGGGUGUCUUGAAGUGCCACGUAGUUAAUCUUUUCUGAUUUCAACGGGAUAAGAGACGGUAUGUAGACAAUCGACUUC